AUGGCAAAGAGAUCCAACAUCAAAAGAUCCAGUCCUGCACCCAGUCCUGCAUCUACCCCCGUUCCCGUUGCUAUCCCCGAUUAUUAUACACUAGUUGCACCUGAAAUAUCAGCACAAUUGAUAAAGUAUAUAACCAAUAAUAAUAGUGAUGAUCCCAACUUUUUAUGGCUAGGAGAAGUGUUAAGUAAAGAAGAAACUCAAGUUAAUUCUGCCUUAAUUAAAUCUUUGAUUAUCACCUUUGAAUACCAAUAUGUUGUGUCUUGGCUCUAUUAUACCACUGCUAACUCAUUUUUUAUCAAAAAUAGAAAAUCUAAACCAUUCCUUACAUUAAAUUGGUCGGUGACUUCAAACGGUAACAAUAAUACUGACAAUAAUGGCACACGUUUUUGUGAGUUAUUACUACUACAUGAAAUAUCGGUAUCAAAUCAAGAUAAUAAUACUAAUACUGAUGGUAACAACAUUAAAACCACAAUCUUUGAUUCCAUUGUAUUAGAAAUUUUAAAAGUCUAUUGUAAUGAUAAACAAACAAAAUUGGAUGAGAUCGAUGAGAUUUUAAGUUUGAAAGAGGGCACAUGGGACGCUACUUUAAAUCUUGUUACCAAAUUUCAGGUAUUAUAUAAAAUGAUCAAACAUAUUGAAAGGAAGAAUAUGGUUUUCAAAAACCAUUUAAAUAAUAAUUUGGACUUAUGGUACUUCCCUACCUAUGAGGUUGAGACAGAUGUCAAUGGUGUUACUAAGAGAGAUGGGAAAGAUAAAAGCAUGGGCAAUAACAUAAGGAAGAAAUAUAUGAUUUUACCUGGUGGUAAGAUAAUCGAGCUAGUAAUUAAUUACACCCAAGACUUAACUAUGCCAUUAAAUCUAAAAAAUUGUAUAACAGUUGAUGAUAACGGUGUUGAUAUUGCUGUUAAUUAUAGUAGGAACUUGUAUGAUAAAAUAGAUAAGUAUCAAAAUGGAAUAGACGUUAAACAUAAUGUAUUAGCUUAUGAUUUUGAUUCAUUUAUGAAGUUUAAUACUGAGGUAGUCCAGUUAUAUACUAUUGGAUCAGAUCAGGAAGAAUUAAAUCAAUUAGGUGAGUUUUAUGUUAAUGAACUUAAAUUUUUUCAUAGUAAGUUAAGACAACAAAAAAAAGAUUUUUUAUCAUCGUCAAUUUUACACGGCACUAGAAGGAGUUCAAGAUUGAUACGUCUAGAGGAAGAACAAAACAAAAACAGAAUUAUUGGUAUUUGGGAUCUAAAACUAGCGCAACGUGAAAAAUAUAUGAAAGCUAGGAACAGAGCAUUGAAUAAAUUUUUAAAAACCAAUUUUAAGGAUAUUUUAUUGGAAGAUUUGAGAAAGUCCUUUGCCAGUGAUUAUGAAUCUGCCGCUAGGCUAACUAUUUCCACUGCGGCAACUGAUAGCAACCUGAAUGAUAGGGAAAUCGGCGAAUUUGAUGAUGCGGUCAUCAAAACAGGUGAAAACUUUAGUAAGCCAAUAUUUCCAGUCAUUGCUGAUGACACCAAUGCAGACGAAAUCAAAAAUGAUCUAAGUAAAAAAUGUUUGGAGUUACCAUCCAAGUACCUAAUUUCUAAGGAACAUAUUAAACACUUGCAUGAUAACAAUAUUUUAUUAGGGUGUUAUGAUGAAUAUUUAAGAAAUGAAGAUAAUGACACCACUUGGUUUUAUAAUUGUAUUUCUGCUCCAAAUGAAUUAAAAGUGUUCAGCGGUCGGAGUGAUGGUUUGCAAAAAAUUGAUGUUUACGGAGAGAUUAUAUGUUGUGAUAAGUGUCAUCGUUGGAUGUCUUGGAAAGGUGUACUUGAAAAAAUGUUUAAUAAAAGGGAGGGCGGUGAAAAUAUCGAUACUACUAUUAUUGAUUUAUAUCUUGAUGCUUACAACCUUGAUAGCCUGGACAGGUUACAGAAACAAAUGUAUAAGGAUAAGAUUGUUGAUAUGGGACCAUCUCCAGAGGAAACUCAAGAAAAGCAAAGGGCAGAUGAUCCUACGAUCACAGAAACAAAUAUUACCGAUGCUGAUAAGGAUAUUAUACUAAAUGCUAAUUAUAACAGUAAUCUGUUACAUGAUUUAGAUCCAAGCCUAAUUAUUCCGAGUUCUUCAAGAAGGGGGAAGAGGGGGUUAGAGGAAGAUUCUAGCCAUAAUACAAAGAAAGGUAAGUAUAAUGAAGAUAGUGAUAAUGAAGAAAAUAGGAAUAACGGCAUUACUGCCAAAGAUGAUGAUGCUGAAAUAGAUGCUGAAUUUCCCAUCUAUCAAACUGGCAAUAGGCCUUUGGAAAAGUUAAAAAACACUAAUGGCUUUAGAAAUUCUCUAUUUAUUUGUUUAUUUUGUUUGGAUGAUAUAGAGGCACAAUGUAGGGAUAUUUUUAUUAAUACCGAAUUGGUUACUUUAAGAGGAAGGGAAAGGAAGAAGCAAGAGGAUCAGGUAAAGAGAUUAAAAGCCAAAUUAAAAAGGGAUUUAGAGAAAAAGAGGAAUGAUUAUGAAAAUAUGCCAGGACAAGAACAUGAAUAG